AACAACCGAGACCAAACCAGAGAAUCACAAACUUAAACCAAUUUCCUCAUUCCCGAAACUCUAAUUUUGUUCUUACCUUGUUCGUCAACAAUGGCAUUAUUAGCCAAAAUCUUUGCGUUAUUCUUUCUACUACUAGCUGUUUAUUGUGCAACUGAUCCAUUUAAACAUAGUUCAAUUGCUGAAUUCCCAAAUUUUGUAGCUCAUAAAGUUGACAUGUAUCCAUGGUCAGAGUUAUCAACCGAGAGAGAUAGCGAGAAUUUGUUACAGAAAUCAGAAAUCAAGUUUUUGAAUCAGGUACGAGGACCUGAAAGUAUUGCUUUUGAUCCACUUGGUCGCGGUCCAUAUACCGGACUUGCUGACGGGAGAAUCGUUUUCUGGAAUGGUGAGUCUUGGACUGAUUUUGCUUAUACUUCUCCAAACAGAUCAGAGCUGUGCAACCCACAAGCGUCAGAUGCAUAUGUGAAAAAUGAGCAUAUUUGUGGACGACCACUGGGACUUCGGUUUGAUAAGAAAACCGGAGACUUGUAUAUUUGUGAUGCAUAUCUCGGCUUGAUGAAGGUCGGACCAGAAGGUGGAUUAGCUACAUCACUUGUAACUGAGGCAGAAGGAGUGCAGUUGAAAUUCACAAAUGAUUUGGAUAUUGACGAUGAAGGAAACAUAUAUUUUACGGAUAGUAGCGUUACAUACCAGAGAAGGAACUUUAUUCAGCUGGUUUCCUCCGGAGACAAUACGGGAAGGCUUUUGAAAUACAAUCCAAACACAAAGGAAACGACCGUCCUUGUGAGAAACCUCCAGUUCCCUAAUGGAUUAACCAUGAGCAAAGACAAGUCAUUCUUAAUCUUCUGUGAAGGAUCCAUCGGUAGGUUGAGUAGAUACUGGUUGAAAGGAGAGAAAGCAGGGGCUUCUGAGGUGUUUGCCAUUUUACAUGGAUUUCCCGAUAAUGUCAGAACUAAUGAGAAGGGAGAAUUUUGGGUGGCUAUCCACUGUCGUCGAACGAAUGUCAGCUAUAUAAGUGGUCUUUACCCUGGGUUAAGGAAAUUUUGGCUGAAGCUCCCGAUUACAGACAAGAUCCAAUAUCUGCUCAGUAUUGGAGGCCGACUUCACGGAAUGCUUGUCAAGUACAGCCCUGAGGGUAAACUCUUGCAAAUAUUGGAGGACAGUGAAGGUAAAGUCGUGAAAGCUGCAAGUGAAGUGGAAGAGAGAGAUGGAAAGCUAUGGAUAAGUAGUGUUUUGAUGCCGUUUGUUGCCGUUUAUCAGUUGGAUUAGCCAGUGCAGUUUGCAUUAAAAAAAGGAGCAAAUAUCAAACUUCAAAUCAAGCAAAUAUAUAACGGCAUCAUUUUACCAGCUUUAAUAAGUAACUGAACAAACACUUGCUACUAUUCAAGUCAGUGCAUAUUGUUGUUCCCUUUAUCUAUUUUUUUUCUUUGAUAUGAAGCCAAUCGAAGACUUUGAAAUUGGAUGUUGACUAAGAAAUGGGAUAUAAAUGUGAUUUUCAAAAAUGAACUAGCUAGUUUCAUCGCCUAAACAAAUUGAUGUUGUCGGUAUGAUGUAUGUCC